AUGUCACCAUACGACUUCCACAUCUCGACUCCACGUCUCUACCUCUCCUAUCUCGAUCCCUCCUCUGACGAACAGUGCGACUUCACCCUUGCACUCUAUCAUGGCGCCCCAUCUGUUCGACGGUACCCUGGCGUGAUCAAAGACGUACCAGAUCGCGAAGCAGUGCGAAAGAUCGCCGCCUCUGGAGAUGAGAAGCUUCGUGCGAGUGGAUAUGGGCGGUACAUCAUCAGCUUGAAACCAGAAUCGCCUGCAGAUGACGAGGAGACCGGAGUUCCAUUCUCACAAAGGAAAUUAGAACGCAUUGGGAUUGUUAGCAUGCAACUAGGACGUGUUGCAGGCGAGCAAGCACCCACCAUGCCGGAUGUCGGCUUCAACAUGAUGGAGCGGUAUCAUGGGAAGGGAUAUGCGACAGAAGCUGCGCAGGGGCUGAUCAAGUACUUUCGCGAGGAGAAAGGUGCGAUGGAGAUUGCGGGUUUGACUGACGACACGAACGAAGAGGCGAAGAGACUCUUCCGCAGACUGGGAUUUACGAACCAUGGAGUCAGGAAGGUACGUGGUAUUCGGUGGGGUGGCGAAGUAAUCGACGUGGAUCUCUGGACCUUGGGACUAGAGGAUGGGAAGAAACUAGAAGACUUCGGGUUUUGA